AUGGCCACAGUCUUUGUGCUCCUAGCGGGGGUCCUGCUCCCCUGCUGGGGCACGUUUCUGAAGGAUAAAAAGAUAAUCGGGGAGAAGUGCUUCAACCGCCUUGAGUGCUUCAGUAACUGCUGCCUCAUGAACUUGGACUCCGGUAGAGCCUUCUGUGCUCCCAGGGCCAGAAUCACUAUGACAUGUUUGCCCCAGACUAAGGGAGCCACCAACAUCAUCUGUCCGUGCCUAAUGGGCUUGAAUUGCAUAUCCAGAGACCCGAUGUGUCCCCGUCGGUGCUAUAUGUUUUAG